GGAGCAGAUGUAUCCGUAUACAAGUAUCAACGGAAGUUACUGUGCUGCCACCAUAGAACCUCUUUAGGUUGGAUUUCUGUGGCGAGCACGUUUCACAAGCGGUACGCCACGAUGCAGAUAUUCGUGAAAACUUUGACGGGCAAAACUAUCACGCUCGAGGUAGAAGCGUCUGAUACCAUCGAAAAUGUAAAAGCUAAAAUUCAAGAUAAAGAAGGAAUUCCACCUGAUCAACAGCGUCUAAUUUUCGCUGGAAAACAAUUAGAAGAUGGACGUACCCUCUCUGAUUAUAAUAUCCAGAAAGAAUCUACCUUACAUCUUGUACUUCGACUUCGUGGUGGUGUUAUUGAACCUACUCUUCGUAUUCUUGCACAGAAAUACAACUGUGACAAAAUGAUAUGCAGAAAAUGUUAUGCCCGUCUUCAUCCACGUGCAACCAAUUGCCGUAAAAAGAAAUGCGGACAUACAAAUAAUAUUCGCCCAAAGAAGAAGCUAAAGUAAACUAUACGUUCCAGUUUUCUCCGGUUAUUUUGCAAAUGUAUGUAUAUCUUACAUUUGAUUUUAAUAAAAUAUACAUGAAAGAGUAAUUCUGCA